UGAAAUAACGAAUUACUGUAUAUUGGCUCCUCUUAAUUGAACUGCAGGAACAUAAUGAGUGAAAUGAGCUCAGCUGUUGCCAUUAGCAUUUCAUGCUAACGUAUUUCAUCUUGAAAACUGCGCAGAUGUUUCAGUUUUAUUAAACCUUAAUGUAUUUUAUAUAAAAACUCUGCCUUACACUAAGGAGCUUGAGUUAGACUGUAAAUAACACCUUAUUAUAUCACCACAUUCUGCAUGCUAGGUGCUAUGCUAACAUUGCAUUAUGUUGAGUUGCUAGCUCUUGGUUAAUUGUUAUCUAACUGUGUCAUGUUACAGAUGUUGAGUUAGUUCUUCUUUUUCUUUUUUACCAGAAAAAAAGUUUUCCCUCUAACUGUAGACUAUCUCUACUUUCAAGAAUAAUUUACUCUGUAGCUCAAUUCUUCCAGAUGCUAAUACAUUUUCCGCGGCCACCAUACAUGGUGAUUCACACAAACUGCUCUGAAUUCUCCAAGACUCUUGACGUUUAGCCUCAAAGUUCAAUUUCAUCAGCCUCUUCAAAGCAUAAUUAAAACUCCUUUCACCUAAUGUCAAGUCGUUACUGUAUUAAUAAGCUUAGUUAAACAAAAUAAUGAAAUAAUCCAGGAGAUUUUGAUGGAUCAAUUUUGCUAAACAUCUUAAAAGCAUAAAUGAUUGAUGGAGAUGGUUAUAAUUUUAUAUAAUUAAUUACCUUCAUUGGCCUUUUUUUUUUGUAAACACCUUUAUGCAAGCUAAAGAAAAUAUUGAAAAGCGACUUCUCUCAUCUCAGUGAUGCAGAUUGUGCCGCAUAAAGUCAAAGCUCAACGGGAUGAAAAUGAUGGAAAUGUAAAGUGAAUCAAAACCAGCAGCAGAAAUCUUAUUUUGAAGAAAUUGAAACCUGUAAUAUCUGGAGUUAUGUCAAAGUGGCUGUGAUUUUAGUGUUUACCACCAUCACUAGAAAUGUUUACUUCCUUGUAGGGGAAAUAUUUAUGCUCUCGAGCAACACAGAAACCUGGUUUGGAGGUAGUUAACUUUAUGAUCUGAUGCUGCAGGGUCCAAUCUUUACAUAAUGUAAUCUUUGAAAUGAACACGGCUUGAAAGCAGACCAGGAGAGGCUUCUAACAGCAUCGCCGCCUGGCCAGCUCUGCUUUGCAUUCUGUUCACUAUCUCCACUGUUAUGUCUCAUUCUCCUCGCUGUGUUUUGCUGCAGUGCCAGCCUGUCCUCUAUCUUCCCUCGCUCUGCUUUGAUGAUCAAGAAACUGAGUGUAAUUCAUGUUUGUCUCAGGCUUUCCAAACCAACUCGCCCUUUUGUUCUGUUUGUGAACCUGACACGCAGAGAGGACAGACCCACCUCUCCUAGGAGACUACAUUUAAGGACAGUCGUUUGAUUGAUGUGAACACUUGAAUGACAGUGUUGUUGAAUGUUGUUGAUGUGUGUGUGUGCGUGUGUGUGUUGCAUCAGCUACGACAGGUCUCUCAGGCAAAGCGCUGGGACGAUGUCGGGACGGGUAGGCGAUCCGUCAGGCAUUCGAGACUUGUUGAAUCGCUGGAUUUCCCCGAUGAGGACUUUGGAGUGAACCUUGGAAUAGAUACCAUGGCGAUCAAAAAGCGGAGCUCCAGAACCAGAAGGAUCCGUCCGGUCUCCACCAGAAUGAGUUUAGGUGAUGAACCCAGUCCCUCUCCCACUCCCUCUGCUCCUUCCCACUCGGCGUCUCUCACUCACUCGGCCUCUUGGGAGUCCCUUUCCACUCUCCCCACCAAUGGCUCACCUCUGCGUCACGUGACCCACGUCAGGCCACGCCCGCCGCGACGACACAGAGCUGCACACAUUCCUCCUGAAUCUCAUUGCUCUGAGAACGGAGGAGUCAGUAUGCUGGAGGACGGACUUCCAGAUUUCUACAGCAAGAGAGUUCUGCCUGACAGUCAGCUGUCAUCCCUCCAUCAGGCCCAAUCACUCAGGAGAAAGAAGAGGCGCAGCGUUCUGUCCAUUUUCUCCGGCUUCCGCAAGAACCGCAACUCCACCUUCUCCAACCAGGAGUCUGAGUGCGCCUCAGAGAACGUCUACUCCAUGAUUCAGCACCCUAAAGACACCGGGAGGCCAGAGAGCGCCGUUCCGGGAGCGAACGGGACCUUGUCCUCACCUCGGCCAGCUCAGGGCGUACCUGCUCACGGACUGAGGACCGCCAGCCCCCCCUGCUCCAUCCAGAGACAGUCCACAGAUCUGGUCAGCAUGGUGUACAGCUGCAUCGGGGCGGAAAUCGAGGACUCCGACAGCAGCAGCACCUGCGACAUCAAAGAGUCGUUGCAGCACAGCGCCGACGGAUCAAACGCCAUCUCGGACGCCCUGACAGAUCCGCGGAGUAACGGACAUGUGGCGUCCUCCAAACACCAGACGGACAGGCAGAUGGAGACGACCAGGCAGGAGAGGAUCGUCCCACUGACUGAGUCGCGGACCGAGGCGGGAGAAGAUGUCCAGAGCAGCGGCAUCGGCAGCGCCAGGCCGGAGCCGCCUCCGCACAGCUCCAAGCCAAGUCUGGCUGUGAUGAGGCAGAGACAUCUGCAGGACAGUUCAGAAGAGGCAGGAAUGCCAGAGGGAGAAGAACAGAGUGAAAGACUGCAGGAAGAGAAGCAGAGAGGGCGAGGACCAGAGGGACAGCGUCCUCUCAUUCCCAAAAAGCCCAGUGUAGACCUCCAGAGAGACAAGACCUCUCCGGAAAUGACCAGGACUUCACCGAAAAUUCCUGCGAGUCUCGAAGAACAGAACAACGACCAGAAGAGUUUGCCUCCGGCUCAGACAGCGUCUGAUGACAACGUGAGCAGCGAGACAAGGAGCCUUGGCUUAGAGGAUGCCGAUCCCACCGUCAUCAGCCACGAUGAGGAAGCAGAUCAUAAUGGAUUCCCCAAAACAUCCCAUCACACCAGGAAGUCCAACUCAUUUGACAUAGGCAUGGAAAGAGACAUGCCCUGUGAUCUGGAGAGGCCCUCAGAUCGCAGGUUCCCUGUGAAAAAGCCCACCUUUCCCCAGUACAGAAACAGAUCCCUGGACUUCCCUGCUGGGUGUUACGAAGGCGGUAACGGAGACGGAGCAUUAUGACAUUACCUGGGGACGGAGAAGACGCUGCUGGGAAGAAGAGACUGGAGAACGGAGAACUGGAGUGAGACGAGCUUUUAACACCCCGGCCUCCUCUCCCACCACGCACUCGAACUGAAAAACGGAUUCAUCCAGGGGAUUCUUCGCCAUUUCAUCAAUCUGUUGCUGAAAGUGCAUGUU